AUGACUUCUUUGGAGACAGAUGCUUUUGAGCUUAAGCGUAUGAUGCGUUAGGAAGCCCACGAGAAAGCUUAUGAGAUCUAGGUGAUGGGUCAGAGAAUGUUUGAGAAAGAAAAGGAAAAGAUUGUCUAGGAAGGUGUAGAGUCUCUAAACACUGAAUUUGACAAGAAGCUCAUGAACUUGACCAUGAAUCUAAAUAUUGAGAGAUCCACAAAAAUCAAUCAGACAAGAAUUCUCAGAAUGACUGAGAGAAAUAAGUGCAUCGAAAAGGUCAAGGAAGAGACAAAGGAACAACUCCUUAAGACUAUCGUCAACCCAACCAACUACAUGUACAAAAAUGCCAUCAAGAAUCUCAUUAUUCAAGGUAUGAUCAAGUUAUUAGAGCCAGAACUCUUCCUCAAGUGUAGAAAGGAAGAUCAAGAUUUAGUGAAAUCACUUCUCCCAGAGUGCGAGCAGGAAUUUAAGGAUAUCAUGGCUAAAGAGGCUUCUGAGAGUGAUCUUACUUAUUCCACACAACUUAAACUCGUUGAAACUGAAUAUUUGACUAAUGAAGAAGGCGGAGAAUGCGGUGGUAUUAUUUUGUUUACUCCCAAUAGAAAGAUUGUUUGCUUAAACACAUUGAAAAGUAGAUUAGAAUUGUGCUUUGAGGAGCUACUCCCACAUAUCAGAAAGCUCUUGUUCCCAAAGAAAAAGGAAGGUACUAGAUGA